AUGCUGUUUGUGCCGCCGGAAACGGAGGUUUCACUGCCGGAAAAUGGGAUAUUGAGUGCAAGAAUAUUGAAGGGAUCGAAUAUUGUGCUGAGCAAGUAUGCUGGAGGUGGUGCGGAAGUGGUGAAUGCGGAGUUUGUGAAGAGCAGUGUGAAAACUGAGGAAUGCCCCUCUGAUGGGCUCCCGGAAUUUGCUCUUGUGGGAGGGUCCAAUGUGGGGAAAUCGUCGCUGCUUAACUCCCUCGUCAGGCGCAAACGCCUCGCACUCACCUCCAAGAAGCCUGGGAAGACACAAUGCAUCAACCAUUUUCGCAUCAAUGAUAGCUGGUGCCUUGUGGAUUUGCCUGGCUAUGGGUAUGCAGCUGCACCACACGAGCUUCGAACAGACUGGAACAAAUUCACGAAAGACUAUUUCUUAAACCGGCCUACUCUUGUCUCUGUAUUCCUUCUAAUUGAUGCUAGCAUUCCUGCAAAAAAGAUUGAUCUCGAGUAUGCAAGUUGGUUGGGCCAAAACCAGAUUCCUAUGACUUUAAUAUUCACCAAGUGUGAUAAGCGGAAGAAGAAAAAGAAUGGAGGAAAAAGACCUGAAGAAAAUGUGCAAGACUUUCAAGAGUUGAUACGCGACUUCUUCCAGACAGCACCACCUUGGGUUAUGACAAGCAGUGUCACAAAUCAGGGUCGAGACGAGAUACUGUUGCAUAUGUCUCAGCUACGAAACUACUGGCUCAAGCAUUAA